UUACAUUCUGAAAGCUGGAAAUCACAGCCAGCAGGGUCGACCUGUCAGUACCGACCUGUCAGACGUAACAGAGCCACUGAUCACCGGGAGGAUUGUAACCGACCUCAGAGCAGCUUUUUGCACCCUUUUUGGGACUACAACAAACUUGAGCUUUAACCCGCUGCUAUUCUCAGAACAAAACGGAUGUCAGUGUGGUGGUCAGAGAUGGGAGAGGGUCUGGGACCGCUCUCCCCUAUAGCAUGGUAGCCAACAGCGCAGUGGAAGGCCAUGACAAGACGUCAUUGUCAAGCUUAUCAUCGUCAUCCUCGUCGUCCUCAUCCUCGGCCUCGUCGUUGUCGUCCUCUCUAGCCGGCCACAACGACCUCGCUCUGAGCCCUCAGAAGACCGAGUCGGAGCAGCUGCAGCGUCAGGCCGCUCCAGAGCUGAGCAAGAAAUUGAUCAUCUAUCGGACCCACUUCCGCACCUUCUCCUGCCAGGAGGACUGCAAGACCAUCACCGAGACGGCCUCCAAGCUCGAGCGCAGCGGCUUCUACUGGGGCCCCCUGGGAGUGGAAGACGCCCACCGCAUGCUGCGCGAAGCUCCGCUUGGAAGUUUCCUAAUCCGAGACAGCCGGCAAAAAGACGUCUUUUUUACGCUCUCCUAUCACGCCAAGAGCGGUCCGGUCAGCAUUCGCAUCGACUACAAACACCAAAAGUUCUCACUGGCGGGCAACGAGCGCUCCUUUCCAACGCUCUUCGCCCUUCUGGAGCAUUACAUCAGUUCCCCCAAGAAAAGCCUGAGCGUCCCCUACAGGAGAUGGGAGCCGACGCUGCAGGAGCUGUGCAGGAAGCGGGUUAUAGAGCUGUGCGGAGGAGGAAGCCACGUCCUAGAGUUGCCGCUAACUCAUGUCGUUCAGGACUUGCUGUUGGAAUUCCCUUACAAACUAUGAGAAGUUCGACUUUUAAAGUUUUGGUAGUCUUAUUUUUAAUUCCAAGGAAGCAGCUUCUACCUAGUAGCAACGAGUGUUUGGUUCCUCACGGGUUGGACGUCAAGACUGCGUUGCCAUGGUUUGAGAUAAAAACAGCUGAGA